AAAUCACAAGUAGUCAGUGAAGAAGUAUAAAAAUGGCGUUUUCCCAGUCAAUUGGGAAAGCACAGACUCCAGCGGUGUGUCAGUUCUGUGAAGAAUUGAAAGAGAUUAAAUGGAAGUGUAUUAACUGUGAACUAUUUCUAUGUCAACUGUGCUGUUCAAAGAUACAUAGUAAAAUCAAGGCAUCUAUGGAACAUGAAAUUAUUAAUUUAAAAGAUUUUGAAAAGGAGGAUUUUGCCACUUCAGUGCGUAAAGUUGACCUUGAAAACAUGGAAUGUAAAAUCCAUCCCAAACAGAAAUGUUUUGUUUUCUGUAAAGACUGCAGUGAGCCCUCUUGUUCCAAAUGUUUAAUGGAGACUCAUAAAUUACAUGACUAUAAAGCCAUUGAUGAAGAGUAUAAAGAAAUAAUCUCUGAAAUGAAGGAACUAAUAAAACAAUUUGAAGUCAAUCUUAAACUCUUUAGUAAUGAAGAGGAGCAACUGCAAAAAAAGCUUUCAGAUGGUGAUAACAAUUUCAAAGAAACAAGGGAUUUAAUUUUGAAAACUGAAAAAGAAAUGAAAGAGGUCAUUUCAAAACAUGCCAAAGACCUCUUACAAGAACUUGAAGCAAAAUGGAAACCGACAGAAAAUAUUAUCAAAAGAGAACUUUCAGCCAUAAAAAAAAAUGAGGAAGAGAUUGAAACCAGGAAGAAAAAAAUAUACCAAGCAGUGCAGUCUCAUCAAGCCAUAGACAUUUUCUCUACAAGUAAAACUUUAGAUAAGUCAUUGCCACAUUAUUCAGUUAAAAAAAUCAAAGCAAAGAACACAAAGUUCAUUCCUACAAAUAUAGAAUUGCAAAAAGGAAGUCAGUCAGUGUUGGGUGACAUUUAUACUAUUCCAGUCAUGGAGGUGAUAAACACUUAUCAUAGUAAUAUUGAAAAUGUGACAAACAUACUAAUAUGUAGUGACAAAACAGCAUUUAUAGGAAGCACCAAUAGUAAGAAAAUACAAAAAAUAAAAUUUGAAACUAAUAAUAUCAAAGUAGAGAGAGGAAUUCAGAUAAAAGUACAAGAUAUUGCAAGGAUUAACGAUGAUGAGAUACUUGUUUCAUCUGGAAGAAGUGAUCUAAAACGAUAUAUCAAAGAUGGACAAUUAACUCCAAUCAAGUCCUUUUCUCCCUUAAAUACUGUAUGUGUUCAUGUUACUAAAGACAAUGAGAUAAUAGUAGGGUUAGUGGAUUCUAGUCCUGAUGUAUUUCUAAUUACAAAAGGCAGUCACAGAAAAAUUGUGAUUAUGAACCAAGAUGGUGACAUUCAACAAACUAUUGAAUAUGGUAGAUACAAACAGAGACUGUUAACAGGUCCUCAUAGAAUCAAAAGUUUCAAUGAUAAGAUAGUAGUUGUAGAUAUUAUAAACAAGGAAUGGGAGGGUAGGGUAGUAAUGUUUGAUUAUGGUGGGCAAAUUCAUUGGACCUACAAUGGAUGUAAUACUAUCAUUUCUGAUCAGUUAAGUUUUAUCCAGCAGAUGUGUCAAUAACCUCUACAGAAAUGAUUCUAGUUUCUGACUGUGGAAAGCAUGCUAUACAUGUAUUAAAUCCUGCUGGAGAGGUCAUUGUAUGCAAAGACGUAAAAGUCAUAGGAAUAGAAUUACCUUUCAGUCUUGAUAUUGACAAUAAUGAAGUUUUAUGGAUUGGAUGUAACACCUCGAACAAAGACAAAAUUAAAAAGGCUAAGAUAAUCUGUGUUAAACUAACUUAAUUUGGAGGCUUUUGUCAAAAUACAUCAAACAUUAUCACUUAAA